AUGGAGCAUUUCGACCCUAUUAUGAUGACAUACAAAGAGCUUCAUCAACAACUUUUUAACACCCACAUAGUGUCACCAUAUCCGAUGGAACCCAUGAUGCCCCCAUACCCCAAGUGGUGUCUAUAUAUUGAGCUAAGCACUAGUUUGUGGACCUGGAUCAGGACCAAGCUAGGUUUUGCCAGUGAUGCUGAUGUGAAAUUUGAAGAGCAUGAUUCCCGAGCACUAAUUUGUCCUUGGCAUCUGAUAAAGUUGGGGGAUAAUAGUUUUUUAAUUGCCAGUCGAAGCUUUGAGAAUUUAUGGGUUAUGGAUUUUGCAUCAGGAGCGAUUAAAGAAGCUGUCAAAGGACUUCCGAAUACUUUGGAGUUCUGUAGACACUUUAUCUCGGAGAAAGUAUCCCUCCUGAAAACGAUGCCAAAUUUUCUGUUGCAACAGCAAAGUGAUGCCAACAUAUCACGAAAGGAGCUCCUAUAUGCUGGUCUUAUAUCAUCUUUUACAACUUUUGAAAACCGCAUAAUCAUGUGUGACAUUGUGGGUCAGGGAGUUCUGAAACUAAAUAGAGAAUCUGGAAUCAGUUCAAAUUUCCAGUUUUCCAAUCUCAGGAUGCUCAGUCUACCUUAUUGGUUGUUCUUCCCUCUGGAAAGAUUUUAUGCUCUGUGA